GUGCUGAAGUAUUUUUCGAGUUUUCUACACGGCGUGUCUAAAUCCCUCUCAUCGUCUUCGGGACCUGACCUCCGAUUCAGGAAGAGCAAGUCCCAAAUGUUGCCGUCUUCGAACUCUGACAAAUCCGGGAAGCAGGUUACCAAGACGUCUGCCACACAUAUAAACUGCUGAUGGAUGUGUUUCAAAUCGCUCACGGAGAAGAGUCCAGCCCAGCUCAUCUGAACGUCGCCGAAAGCGACUUCUUCGGCUUUGCGUUUUUGCCGUUGUAACGUCCGGUUGUGGCAGCUUCUGGGUGAGGGUUGAACUACUUACAGAGCUGGCUUGUCGGACACCACUGUUGGCCUGUAAUGGCUGCUUAGAACAGACUGGUUUGCUGAAUUAUCCAGCCGCAGUGACUCUCCUAAUGGACUUGAAUGAGAUCAGAGGGGGCAGACUGGAUGUGAUUGCAGAGGAAGCUGAGCACCAGGAGUUAAGCAGAGAGUUGACCGCUAUGGCAGACAGAGGAGGGAGGGCGACCCGAGGAGUUUCCACCUUCCAGAGGUUUUCUAUUGACACCAACGAGUCCCUUCGUUUUGAGCCCUGUGAGGACAGCCUUCCAUCUCCCACUGGGGCGGAAGGACUUGAUGACGAUGUGUUUAAAGAGAGAGGAACCGAGGGUGAGAUUGUCACAAUCAGGAAUCGGUUGCAAGGGAAGGUUGCUGAGAUGGAGAACUUUGCAGGUCAUCUUGAGGAAAUCUUUCUCACUGUGGAGGAGAAUUUUGGCCGUCAGGAGCAGCACUUGGAGCAGCAUUACAACGACGUGCUCCAGACGUUGUCUCAGCGAUAUGACGAGAGGGCGGCUGGACUGGAGGAAGAGAAGAAGGGCAAGCUGGAGGCCCUGUACAAGCAGCUGCUGGCUUGUGGCCGGGAGAUGGAUGCCUCCAAGGAGCUCAUUGAGACAGCCCAGGAAGUCUACCGCAGCCAAGACAAGAGGCUUUUCCUAAAGGCAGUUAUGCCCACCAUAAAAAGAAUCGAGGAGUUCGUCAAAGAGGAGGUUGACCUCACGUUGUCUACAAGUCUUGAGUUUAACACACCCCUUGCUGACCUGUCAGAUGUCAAAACCAUGAUGGACUCCAUCAACGUUGUCCCAGCUCCGUCUGCCCCGGUGAUCAACCCCCAGAUGCCCAACUCUGCCAGCCAGACGUCACUGCGUGUGUGCUGGAGCUUGUUCUCCGACGACACGGUGGAGUACUACGAGCUCUACUACAGACCGGUGCUGGAGGACACACCGGCAGACAGCGCCUGUGCACCACAUGUAAGCAAGAUCAACAUUAAGGAGACCCACUGCACUGUGACAGAUCUGCUGCCCAAUGCUCAGUAUGAACUCUGGGUGACUGCUACCAACACCACAGGCAUCAGCCCAGCGAGCGAGAAGGCCUUAUACGUGACGGUGCCGUCGCCUCCAGUGAUCAAGCAGAGGGAGUGUACUAGCUGUCGAGAGGCUGCUCUGAUCCGCUGGGAGUCAGGGAACCCCAACCCUGUAGACUCUUACACGGUGGAGCUCAGUGAGAUGGGUACUGAUGGUACAGACAGCGGUACUACGGAGUCUAUAGUAGCCGUGCCCAGCUGUCAGUGUCUGAUCCAGCUGCAGACAGGACGCCGUUACCUCAUCUCUGUGAGAGCAGUCAACAUCGGCGGGCCCAGCGACAGGAGUGAAGUUAUUACUGUCUCCACAACAGGUACAUUCUUCUACCUCCUGGAGGACACUGCCCAUCCUUGCCUGUCCAUCUCUGAAGACGGCUUCACCAUUUUUUAUGGAGAUGAGGAGCUGCCAAUUAGCGCUAUGGCCUUAGAUGAUAACAACACCUUUACCAGAUGUGUAGCUGUCCUGGGGGACCUGAUCCCAGUGCGAGGCCGGCAUUACUGGGAAGUUGAGGUGGAUGAUGGGACGGAAUUUAGGAUCGGCGUUGCAUCCGAAGACACAGAGAGGAACUCGUACCUCGGAGCCAACAACACCUCCUGGUGUAUGAGACACAUUCUCACCCCGUCCAGGCAUAAAUAUGAGUUUUUGCACAAUGGCUGGAGUCCAGACCUGAGGAUUACAGUAAACCCAGUGCGGAUAGGAGUGGCACUGGACUACGAGAGGGGGACUCUGUCCUUUUUUAAUGUGGAUCUGGAACAACAUCUACACACCUUCCACUGUCACUUUCGAAAUUAUGUCCACCCCUGCUUUGGCCUGGACAACCCAGGAGCUCUUACUGUACACAACGACAUAGAGGCUCCCGAGUACACAUUCAUCUGACUCCAGCAAUCUUUUCCAGGGCUGGAAGAAAGUGAAACUACUUUGGUUAUUAAUACUUAUCAAAGUUCUGGUUGACAGCCCAAAUAAAAAAAUAAAUAAAAAAAAUUAUAAAAACCUAAAAAAAUCUGAUGACAUUCCCCAGCAAUAUAAAAUGUGUGGAAUCCAAAGACAAUAAGAGGUUUUUAGGUGGUUUAUUAUAGUAUUCCAUGGGAACAGGCAUACACCAUUUUCCAAGAUAUGAAAAAAGUUAAACUGAAUUUUACAAUAUGUAUUUAUAGCAUCAGUAACUUGCAGCAGACCAAGUGUUCAAAUUUAAAAAAAAAAAAAAAGAAAUAAGGGGCUUGUUUUUGAUUAACCAAAGAAGUUUGUUUUAAGAAAUAAUAUUUAUAAAGUAUUCACAUCUUUAAAAAAAAAAAAGGAAAAAUCCACCCUGAAUACUUCCACACUGUAAAACGUGAAUAUUUUGUUUAAUAGAGAUAUAUAUUUUGCCAACAAAAAAUGUCUCUGUAUUUAAGAAACUGGUAAGUGCACGUUUUAGACUGAGACCCUUGGAAUAAAAAAAAAUAAAAAUAAAAAAAAAAGGCUUCUAUCACGACACCAAUAACACAAGAAAGAAAGACACUGUAAAAAGGAAUUUGUUUUUUAAAACCAAAACCUCAAACUUCCCUAAUGAGCAUGAAGCCACAAGAUGUGCUGCAUUUUAAGACAUGUGGCUACAAACAUAUGCACAAUGAAACUAGUUGGCAGAUUAUCAAUAUUUACAGUUGCUAUAAAGUUGGGCAUACAUUUAAAUAUGCCCACCUUUGACUAAAACCAGCAGGUUCACACCCAUUGUGCAAGAGGUUACAGAAAGGCAUUCUGGGAGAAAAAUAAAAACACUAACUGAAACGGAAGUACACAAAGCAAAACCUACAACAGGACAAGACAAUUAAAACCUUUCUUCCUUAAGAGUCCAGGAAAGCACCAAACAUCAGAAAGUGGGAAUUCAAAGACCAUACCAGUGUUUUUGGCAUAUUCAGCCGGUUUACUACAAAUCAUCUGUACUUUACAUUAACGCUGUAUAAAGAUUGUCAACCUCCUCAGUGUAUGAAGCUUGGUCAUCUGUCUUUAAGUCCUAAAAUGGAUUUCAGUACAUAAAAGUCAUACCAGAAAUGUCAACCAAGUGUCCCUAAAGCUGGAUUUAUGCUUCUGCGGGGGCUCUAAGCAGAGCUUUUAUACUCGUGCAUUGGUGUCUGGGUUAAUCUCUAUAGCAGGGAGACUAGCAGGGCCAGAGUGUGUGGUAGAGCGAGUGACUGAUUAGCUUUGGGGCAAGUGCUAACUCUAGCGGCAUAGUGGGAGAAACAAAGUGUCUCCCCUGUUCUUUCUGACCACGGUCAGGAAUCUGUAGCAGGAAAAAUUUACCCUCUUCUUGAUUUCUUGUUUAUGAAGAAGCAGGAAAUGAGUAGGGGGAAAUGUGACAUUGUUGUGGUCUGCGUCUCUGUGACAUGUAGCUACAUUUUUAAGAGGUGCCCGUCAGGCUGCGGCGUAGGGUCCGUAUCUCGAGGUACCUACGUACGUACCCACGCAGUAGAUUUAGCACAGGAGCAUAAAUUGGCCUUAAGUGCCAUACUGACAUGAAUGGAAAAUUGUCUGCUUGCUUGGUAAGUGCUCAUCAAUACUAGAUUUGUUAUUUCAAGUAAAUGGGGUAAAACACUGGUAUAGUCCUAAAACAGUGUUUGAAAAUGCAAGGGUGGAUUUUUCCUUUUAUUGGGGUUUGGGUUUGAGAACUAUAUUAAUUUACUGAAUGUAGACUUUGGGUCUGUGGGAUUCCUGGACAGUGGGGAUGGGGCGGGGCAGGGGUUAUGAGUUAUCUGUCUUACUGCUGUGUGUCCUCUCCUCCUCUUCAUCGGAGGAGUCUCCUUCAUAGGGCACAAGCCCCGAUUCGUCCACUUUAGACUUCUUUUCGCACAGCUCCUCUUGAACACCUGCUAGGGCACAAUAAAAAUGGAGAGACAGAAAAGUAGAGAGAAGGUGGGGGAAAUGGGGAGGGGAUGAUGACGACAAAGCGAGAAAAAACAAAAAGAAAACCCAUUGAGGAGCCCCAUGUUAGCGGUGGUUUUUGAGUUCGUUUGAUCCACAGCCAGGGGAGGGAAGA